UCUCUCUCCAAGAUGGCCUGUCUUUAAACAGACGAUGCGAGGGUUUCGCAAUUCUGUCUCUUUAAAUUCAGACGCCCUCGUCCCGGGCAGGCUGUCCAGCUGCCGAUAUCUGAUUCUCCUGGAGGAGGAGAGGGAGGGCCCACCAGUUUUAUUUAAGCCCCCGGCAGGCUAUUUCGGACUCGCUUGGUUAGAGGUAGGCUGCGUUCAGCGGCUGCCCCAUAGCGAUCCGCGAGAGGAGAGAAGCCGGAGGUCCGUCCUAGGCACUGUUCCUGCUCCCCCUGCCACCAGGAUGACGUCGCAGCUGGAGAACGCAAUGGACGCCCUCAUCGCCGUCUUCCACAGCUAUUCCGGCAAGGAAGGCGAUAAAUAUAAGCUGAGCAAAAAAGAACUGAAGGAGCUGCUGCAGAACGAGCUGGGCUGCUUCUUGGAGACCCAGAGGGACACGGAAGCGGUGGACAAGAUCAUGCAUGACCUGGACGAGAACGGCGACGGGGAGGUCGAUUUCCAGGAGUUCGUGGUCUUGGUG